AAAAUUUUCAACAUGUCAAAUUUAACUGUUAAUCUAGCAUCGCAUCGGUAAAAGCAAUUGCAAUUGCAUUGAAAUCAUGAAGGUCAGAAAUAGGAAGAAAGAUGGUGCAAUAACAUGGCAUGCUGUAUUCCUUCUAGUUUUCUUACGAAGUUGCUUCAAAUGAAAGUCGUCAAUGCUCUGUGAAUGGCUAUAUCUCUAUGCAUUCUAACAGCGCCCAGCAGCAGUGAGAUAUUUUAAUCUAACUGUUCGUAGAAUUAUUCAUUUUUAAAACUCACGUAGCUUGUUUGAUAUUCCAUGUCAUGCAUCAUGUAUGUAUGCAACUAGUGUUUCACGAAGCGAAGAAAUGAAACUGUUCUAUUGAAUGCUUCACCCUCGUUUUUUAGCCCCAAAGCUUGACCUCAACAGUAUAAUACUCUUGCACGUGCUCUUUGACUGCAGCAGACAGAGGUAGCUCGUUCUUUAGUAACAAGUGCCUUUCUAUGAGAAUAUAGAUGCUGACUAACACCUUGCUCUCAAGUGCCGAGAAGAUGCCUCUACAAUCAAGGGAUAUUUUAAUUUUGAUAUGUGUCAUCGAUGUGGUCAGCUCUACAAUGUUUCAAACGUUCUUUUCUCCUUAUUGGCUGUCAAUGGAUACAAUUUUUUCAGCACGGCUUGAAAGCCACAUGUCAGUGUCCGUGACAAAGUGUGCUUUCAGUUGUCUAAGGAGAGAAAGGUGCAUAGCUACAAUUUUUUACAAGACUAACAGCAAGUGCUCUCUGCUAUGGAAAUACCCAUCUGGACUGUCGCAUAAGGACCUGGAGGAAAGCAAUGGUCAGACGGAUGUCGUCAUUUCACUUUUAAUGAAUCCAUGCUCUGCGAAGCCAUGCUUAGGAGGAGGAGUGUGUAUUGGGAGCAAACAUUCGCUGGACUUCAAAUGCCAAUGCAGUUAUAAUGUGACAGGGGAGUUCUGUGAAAGUGAAGUGACUGGAGACAGCUGUUUGCACAUCCACGCAGUGUAUAAUACAAACAUCUCAGGCACCUACAAGCUUCAGGCUGCUGAAGGAAAUGGCGAGCUGACCGAAGCCUACUGUGACAUGAACAAAAUCGACUCAUCAGAGCGGAGCUGUUAUGCGAUAAAGAUGAAAUAUCCGACUACAAAAUCUGGUUUAUAUAAGAUUUACUCCUCUACCAUGAUGACUGCUAAAAUGACAGUUUAUUGCGAUAUGGAUACGGACAAAGGUGGUUGGACGCAAGUUAUGCGAGCUAGAUCCAAUGCGAAUGAUAUUGGCGCAUUUGAGAGGUUCCCGGUUGUUGGAAGCAGUUCAAGCAGCAGCCUGGAUGAUUUCGAGCCAACUGGCAAUUACUAUUUUAACGACUUUGGAAUGGCGCACUUCAAAAGAGUCUCUGACUACCGAGAAAUAAGGUUCUAUUGCAGAUCUCCCCAUUUUAAUACAUCUUUUCACAUCAAAACACUUCGAGGAUCCAAAAAUGGAACAAUUAUCGCUCAAAGAUAUGCGAUGAUUAAUCAUCCGUCGGUCGAGUUGUGUGGGGCAUUCGCAUCCCUUCCAGGUGAUUCAUCAAAUUUUAUUGAAAAAUGCUCAGAACUUCUCCCUAGCACUACCAUUAUUGUUCCAUUUUUCUUUAAAGAAAACACUGGAAUUGCUGCCUUUUGGAAUAUUGCCUACUCACAGUUUGCUUGUUUAGACAAAGUUGGUUUAUCUGAUUCUACAUUGGACUGGCCUGAUAAUGCCGUAUUUCAAGGAGAUUUAUGGAAAGUUUAUGUUCGUUGAAAUGUAAAGGAAGCUAUUGUGAUUUAAAUAAUACAUAAUGUGUCUAGAAUAUUAAAAGAGGUAUCUUAAAUAUGAUUAUUUCUCAGUUUUUCAACAAUUUUAAAUUGUAAAACCCAAAAGACAACGAUUUUAAGGAUUGAGAACACACUGGCGUUCUUUGCUCCACUGCUCGGCAUCCUGUUUACAUGUUCGAGAUUUUGUUGCUUUGGUACCCAGGGUACUAACACAGAUGCAUUGAAAAGAAAUUCCAAAAUUGGUCUUUGUCAGACUUUUUCUAAUCUUUUGUGAAUAUAAGAAGCUUUAUUGCACCAGUCCAAUGCGGGCUUGUAACAUAGACAGGCAACAUAAAUGAUAUAAGGUCAAAGAGUUUGACAGUUACUGUUUAGAUAUCGCACUUUAUGUUUUUAACCUUAUGAUAAAUUCCUUUAAGCUCUUUUGGCAUCGUCGGCAAUUCCUGCAACACAUUCAUCAAAAUUUGUGACUCUCUUUCCAUUGAUCAACAUCAAAAAUGGUAUCUCAUUUCUAAACUUUUCAAAUUGUCAUUUGUACUCAUGCUACAUAUUUUGUUGCAAACAUAAACCAUUGAAAAACCCGGAAUUACAUCCUUUUUAAUUUUGGUUGCUUUCUUUUUUUCUCAGUUUUCCCUUUUUGCAGCUACAAUUGUAAUAGUCUUAUAAUGUUAACUCAGGCUAGCCAGUUGCAAACUACCUAUGUAAUAGAGAAGUUUGUCAUUGUAGUUUAAUUGAUUUGAAUUGAAAAGUUUUCAUUAUUACUAUCAAUACUUAAGUAAUUGUCAAAUU